AUGCUUCGCUCAUUACGGUUUCUCCUGGUGCUGUCACGCACCACCAUCAGCCCGUCGAAAGGCUACUCGUUGCGAGCCCCUACGGACUUCGCUCCCAAGCUGGUGGUGGUAUUUUCCACCCCACAGAACAUCAAGCACGUCAUCAUGGAACUGGUGGAGCUGAUGAAACAGGGCGUGCAAGUAGUUGUUGCUGGUGUCGACACCGUCCCGGGGAACCAACGCAACGGGGUGCUGGAGUUGUGGAUGGACGAACCGCUCAAAAUCGGCCACUUCAAGGAGUUGGACUUAGCCGAACAAUACCCGGAGCAACAGGUGCACACCCACAACGGCGAGGUGUGUAUGCUGGGCCACUCCCACCAGCACCAGCACCAACACACUCACGGGGGCGAGCCGUGUUCGGGGUCUCACUCCCAUGGCGAAGAACCGGCUGCAAACUCCUACAACUGGCUGAAACCUGAUGGCUCAAUUACCAUCAACAUCGGUACCACCCACACCACGUUGGCGCUUGCCAACACGUUGUUUGCCACCCAGUUUGCCAACACGAUGUUUUUCUUGGAAAAGGGGCACCCGAAACAGGGGCAGGUGUUGCUGGAGCUUGAGAUCACGUUGCCGUUCCAGAAAUCUACCACGGUGGUCCACGACGAGUGGGAGCCAUUGUUUGAUGGCAAGAAGAUGGAGAUCACCCUGGUGGCAGGCAACUUGUUGAAACAAGUCGACGGCCAGCUGUGUGCCGGUUUGCUUCAAGGCAACGACCGCUUGAUGCUGGCGGGCAAGGAGCUGGAGGUCUACGUCAAGAUCUUCCCUAAGGACGGGUCCGAGCCGCAGAGAUUUAAGUGUAUUGCUUCUGGAGGCGCCUGGGGCGCCAAGAAGGAUAUCGUCGCUUUGAACCCUGAAGCCCAGCCCCAGCGGGGCGACAAGGUGCUGUUCUAUGUACUUUCGCCGGAGAAGAAGGCGGUGCCGCCGACAGAGCUGAAACAUUUCGGCGUGAUCCUGUUUGAGUGCCUGCCUGAACAGCAGAGCUUUGACCCGCCCAAGCAACCGGAACAGACGCUCACCCACGUGUUUGGCGCUGGCUCCGAACAGGGGUUUGUCACCAACGGCAUCAUCCACGAGCUGAGCGGGGAGACGGUGGUGAUUGCCACCGAAGAGUCGCCGUAA